ACUCCCUCUUCGUUCCUCUCGCUGACGUCAUUUUUCCUGUUUUUUGUAUUGCUCUUUUUCACCACUGCCGACAACAGUCAAGCCUGCAUCUGUCAAUUCGACGAUCGAAAAGCACCAUGAGCAAAGGUGAGAGCACAACUGGAGCGCCAGAAUCAGACGACGGAGAGCAAGUAGUCAAGUUAUUAUCUCCCCAACGCAUUCAUCGCCGCAAACCCAGAAUGUCAUCGUUCUUGCCGCAAGCUGUCCGUGCCGACGAGGACCAACCGGAAUCCGAGGACUUGUACCAUGAUGACGAUGGCGAUGGCGAUGAUAGAGACGACGAGGACGAUGAUGAGCAAGAAAUGGCCGACCUGACGAGCACUGCCAGCAUGACACCUCCGACAUCUCCUCCUCUAUUGAAUACCAACAGCAAUACCUACACGGCACCCCUCAAAAGUCCGGCUCCAACAACCACAGCAAAACGCUUUACUCCUCAUUACACGGUCACCAUGGUACUGGAAUCGAUUUCGCAACGCAUCAUGCGGUCGCCGCAUCAGUACGAUCCGCAAGAAGCCGCCACGUGGAUUGGCUUUUGGGCCCUCUUUUUGGUCACGUGCAGCAAUUACGUGCUCAUGCCGAUGCGCGAUGCCAUUGCGCUGGCGGUCGGUGUGGAACACAUUCCCAAAUUGACAUUGGCAUCGACAGUACUGGCACUCUUUAGUAGUGUCCCCAUUGGAUGGUUGUUUGAAGCACCCGAUCCGCAACGUCGUCGAUUGUGGAAACGCAUUGGAUUGACACGCGGUGAAACACAGGGCACUUCGCUGGCACUCUUUUAUCGAUUCUUUGCCAUGGCAUUGUGGAGUUAUGCCAUUGGAUUCAAGGGAAUUGAGUUUCUAGUGUUGGUCAACAACAAUCAUGCCGCUGCUGCUGAUAAUGACGAAAAUAGUAGUCAAUGGGGAAUGGUGGUCGUCAUCAAACUCUUCUUGCAACAUUUGGGACAAGCCAUGUACAUUGCCUUCUUUUUGGUAGUCCAUUUGAUGAAAUUGCAUUCUCUCAGUCUCGUCUGGGGCGUCACCACGGAAGCCAUGGAAUACGAAGAAACAUCCCGAAAACGACGGAUACAACAGCAACAACGACAAGAGCAACACACCAAUGGCGUACACCACCAUGACGACAAAUCCAACAACAACAAUAAGGCACCCACUAGCAAGGGCCGACUGCAACGGUUGGCGUUUGUGGGAUUUGGAGGUACUGUAGGUGGUAUUCUGGGGAGUGCUAUUGCUUCCAGUUUGGCGCGUGUCUUUCGACUCUCGGGAUUGCUGGUCUUCUCCGCACUCAUGCUGGAAGCGGCGGCACAAUUGGCCAUUGAAUUGGGAAGAAUCAUGCAUCAACAUUGGACCGAACAACAAUUGUGGUCGCCUUCCGAAGAGGAUUUGGCAAAUGCGUCUGCCAAUGCAGAUGUCGAUCCCAGUAUGAAACGAUCGGCAUCCUUGGGCAGUAUGAAACGCAUUAGUUCGGGAAACUCACUCAGUCGCGUCAAAUCCAUGUCGGAACUCAAACACAAAAACAAUAAUACUAAUUUGCAACAACUCGCCGCACAACAGCAACAACAACAGGAGCAGUUGCAACAACAACAAGAACAAUCUGCCGCCGAAGAUUCCUUUUCUCAGCGACUGUUCCGGGGCAUUCGAACCAUUUUACAAUCCCGAUUACUCAUGGCCAUUUUCACCUACAAUGCGCUCUUUGCAUCCACCAAUGUCUUGCUCAGCUUUCAACGAGCCGAAUUGGUCGCCAAUCGCAGCAAUGAAACAACCGCCGAAGCCGAUACCGCUUUUUUGGCCAAUAUCAACAUGGCCAGUUCCGUGGCGACAUUUGCGUUGCAGGCAUCGGGAUUGGGCGCAUUUGUCGCACACAUGUGCGGAUCACGAGGCACAUUGGCACUCAUGCCCAUGGUACGGUUAAUGGGAGUCAUGACGCUGGCAUACUGGCAUCAGACGAGUAACGGGGAACCUCCCAAUCUAUUGCUAUUCUUGCUCUUGGACGAAUGCUGUCGGGUCAUGAACAUGGCCGUUGCCAAGCCCGUACGAGAAUCGCUCUGGCGAGGACUCUCCAAUGAAGCGCGUUACGAAGCCAAACCCAUUGUCGAUACGUUGGCCAAUCGAUGGGGUGGAGGAUCGGCGGCCUUUUUGGUGUCGUCCAUCAACCGAUUGUUGGAUCUAUUUGGAGUUCCAGAGGCCAACAAUGGGGAAGCUCGGGUUGUGAUGGGAUUCCCUCCGGUCCUCUUUCUGUGCAUGAUUGUAGCGGUCUGGUGGACCGGUGUCAGCGCUGAUCUAGGACAGAUUCGAAGACGGAUUGAUAUGGAAUUGAAAAAGAUGCAAUAGUGACACGAGAAUUAUUGAAAAGCAAAAGCGCACAGCGCAACAACAGCAGGAGCAAUGACGAACCGACGAGCUAUGGACCUUCAGAGGUGGCAUUGAUAUUAAAUUGGCCGCCUCGAGUGGAUGCCCGGAGUUUGAAGCAAAUCAAAACGUAGUAAAUAGAUGUUUCACAAGACCAAGGGUACAAGACAAGAACAAAUACUGUACCGGUACAUCAGGAACGACAAUCAUCACACCACAUGAUCACCACGCACAAGUUCACAACACACAGACAUAGAUUUCGCUACAUAGUAAUCCAAAUAGACGCCAUGAUGAGAAAGCUGCUACCGUAUGCUGUUGGGUUACUUGGAUGUAGUCUGAUACUUGGGAUGUAGUCUGUUAAUAGUUGUAACUAGAAUUUAAGUCAAGUCUAGCUAGCGGGAGGGAGUCAGACCCAACUACAUUGUCAUUUAUUUAUAUAGUUUACUCGGAAGCCAUUUCCAUUUGGUGUCGAGCCUUGACAAAGACACCCACCAGAGCUGCCGUUUGAAUCUUUUCGCUGGUUCCAAAGGCAAGACGAUGUUCAAUGUCACUCAUUCCAUCCAACAUGGUCGCCAGAGCAGGCCCCGGCAAAUCGAGAGCCGUGAUUUCAAAUGUGAGUUCCUGCAAAAUGUCCACGAGGGCGUACCCUUUUGUUCCACACAGCUUGAGGAUAUCUGUCACGGCCGUUUGCAUGGAUUGAUUCAGGAGCAGAUCUAGAAUGAUGGUAACGUCCGUAGGCAGCGGUGCCCCCGACGUUUGAUAGACCGUGGUUCCAUUGAUUUCGUCCGACGACAUGGAUGUGGCCUGUAGUAGAUUGAGUACCCGACGCAUAUCUCCCCCCGAGAGUCGUAAAAUGGCAUCCAUUCCGUCGGGUGUUGUGUUACAGUGUUCCUUUUGGGCAAUUUCCGUGAGACGUCCUUCAAUUUGGUCUCGUGCCAAGGGUGCAAAUCGGAAUCGAGUACAUCGACUUUGCAAGGCGGGAAUGAUUUUGGAAACGUAGUUGCAAAUCAAGCAAAACCGGGCAUUGCUGGUGUAUUUUUCAAUAAUGCGACGGAGUGCAAAUUGGGCGUCGUUGGUCAUGGCAUCGCAUUCAUCUAGAAUAAUCAAUUUGAUCCCCUUGCUAAAGAGUUGCUU